CAAAAAGGGAGCCGGUCCGUUCCUGCAGAGUGUUUGGGAGCGAGCGGGGUUUGUUUCUGCGUCCUGUCGUUGCUGCAUCCCUGCAGGGCAGCACAGUGACAACAUCACUGUUUAGGUUGGGCUGAAUUUACAAAUUGCUCUUCCAUGUUUCACGGAAAUCACUCAGACUGUCACCAUCUAGACAUCUGCCCGUGCAUUUGAUUUAAAACCAGCAGAAUGUGGAGUUAAAAACCAGAUUUCAUGUUUAAAGGCGCUGCUGAGCCCAGUGUGCCAGCGCCGUGCCGCCUGACCUAUCAGUGUGAGGAGCAAGCGUGCCACCUAUGAAGUCAGCAGCCCCCAACCCCCACCCUGAACACAUGUUCAGCAUCCUCUGGGCAAAGGCUGAGCCACAGCUGAGAAUCAGCGUAGGAGAGAGGGAGCAGUGGAGUGGAAGUAUGGCUGAGCAUCAGAAAAAGACAGAAAUAGAGCGAUAGAGGAGUGAAUCGGAGGCAGAGGGGGGAGGAGAGGAGGACGGGUUUCACUCAGGCGCUGCUGCUGCUGCUGCUGCUGCUGCAGACUGACGGAGAAGCCUGCCGUCAGGUCUGGACCUCACAACCGUGUGGAUUUGGUCUCAUUUGGAAUUUGUCACAUCUGGAUCCGCGCACGGCUGCAGACGGAGGACGAGGAUGCGGCUGGAUGCUCGGACGCGUGCAACCAGGAUGCCUGCUGCCGCUCUGACCCACAUCGCGGAGUCGUGGCUCUUCGGGUUGUCUGCCGAAGUGAUGCAGACGGCGAACCUCUGCAGAGAGCUGUCAGCCUGCUGACUCCGCCGGCCUCUGUCUGCGUGGACACGCACAGCAACACCGUCAAGUCGGAUCCAGAAUAAUAAUCCCCAGCCGGUGAAAGAUCUGAGCGCUGAGAGAGACGGAGGGUGCCGCCUGAGCCGGGUGAACAGCAGAUGGUGACACUGCAGCAGCACUUCUCCAGCAUGGAGGAGACUGUGCGAUCCCUUCUACAGAACCAGGACCCGCUGGAAGGACCCAAAGUGGACCCACUGGACUUAAUGAAGGCAUACAAGGAUAAACUGCUGGAGGAGAUGUGGAAGCAGCAGGACAGUCUGGAGGCUCCCACAGCCUCAGCGGCGGAGACGCCGUCCUCCCCGGAGGCCGGCGGCGGCACAGAGGACGACCCAAAGGACACCAAUCCUCUGCUUGAGCGCCUUCGAGCACUGGAGGCGGAGAACUCGGCUCUGUCCAUGGAAAACGACAACCAGAGGAAGCAGUACGAACGCUGUCUGGAUGAGGUGGCGAACCAGGUGGUGCAGGCCCUCCUCACACAGAAGGACUUGAAAGAGGAAUGUGUGAAGCUGCGGACCCGUGUGUUUGACCUGGAGCAGCAGAACCGAAUACUGAGCGUCCUGUUUCAACAACGUGUCAAAACGUCCACCUCUCCCGUCUCCCAGGAGGUCCAAAGAAAUGGAAAAGCCAAAAGUAUUCCUGCAGGAAGAUGGCCCAGCCUGCUGAGCCUCACAUGCCCACGGAGCAGUGGCAGCGGCAGUAGCAGCGAGCUGUCAAUCUCCAGCACUUGCAGCGAAUACUCCAGUGGGUCUCACACUUGGGCAGACGGACGCGGGUUCUCCAAGCAGUGUGCCUCCAGCCGCGACAAGCGCAUGAGCACAGGCUCGGUAUCUAGCAAUCAUUCAGUGUUCAUUGAGCAAACUGACUUGGGAUGGAAAGAGGGCCAUAUUCUGAAGGGCCUAAAGCAUCUUCAGAUGAACAAGCCCAAGGAGGCAACCUCAGCUGCAGCUCUGCCACACUGCAAAGACUGUAUGACCUCCAAUGAGGGCAUAUAUUCUUCUGGUGUCAAGUCCCGCCAACAAGCGUCUCCAGUUAAGAAAACUCCAACAAGUAAGCCUUUCAUAGCUGAAGCACAGGCUUCCAUUCUGGACUUUGAUGAUGCAGAUGAGGAAUCACCUAAAUUACCUAAGAGAGACGCUGAUGACCAAGAGACAAAAGAACACCUUCAUUUGGACACGCUGGAGGUUUCUGGGGACGACGACAAAGGUUCUCAAGACGACUCGAUUCUUCCGGCUAACUCUGGUCUUUUCCCGUCACCCGACUUUGACAACUUUCUAUUUCUAGAUGGUCCCACAGUCAAACCUGGUGUGAGCCCAACAGAUAGCCUUACAAAGUCUGAAGGAAUCAACCAGAACUCAGCAGACAAGCACAGGUCAUCAGUGGGAAAGAUCAGCGAUAGAAACAAUAACCAGGAACGGUCCACUGAUCGUAAAUCCAGGGUUGACUGUAACCAAAGGCAACAAGGCAGACUUCCUCUCAAAGAGCCAGAAGCAGAGGCGAAUGAUGUAAGCUCCUCAGUUCAGCACUCUGCAACAAGAGCCCUGAGCUGCAUGAAUGAAGCCAGACAGCGGAGCUCCUCAAUGGAAGUGCCUCAUUGCAGAGACCAGGCAAAUCAAGCAGAUCAGGAAAACAGCGACUGGACCAGCUCAGAAUCUCCCCAGAGGAAACCAAAACUUCAGUUUUGUGACUCAGCAAGGAAGGCUUUUAUUCUGAGAAGCAAGAGUGCAGAUGGAGGCCAAGAGCAACUCAAGCAUACCCACUCUCCUCUACAUCAAAAGCUUAUCAAGGGUCAAAGGCCCAAAGCACAGACAAACCCAAAUCCUGCAGGGCAUAGCGCUCCAAGCAAAAGGGCAAACCCACACGGUUCGAGCAAGUGUACAUUACCUAAAACUGAAAAAGAUCAAGAUGUUUCAGCGUCAGUAGGCUCCAAGUCCCUUGAGUGUGUGCAGCAGCUGUCCCCACUUGCAUCUCCUGUAAAACAGUCAAAGAUUCUUAAGUCACCAGGCAUCAAGGACAGCCUAAAAAGUCCAACAAAGCCGCCCGCCAGAGUCUCCAGCAAUGAAUCUGUUGAAGAGAGCAUCUAUGACAACCUGCCCUGUUCACCGAGGAAACAGAGACGCCAAGAACAGCGCUGUGAUACGUUCACUUCAGAGCGAAGAUCUCCAUCGCCGCCACUGCCACCAGGUCGAAGCACUUCUCUUCUCCUUAGAACUGGGUCCGAGAACGCAACCAAAGACCAAAAAAUGGCAAGUCAGACUAAAAGUUCAACCACUGGCAAGCCGUCAUCAGCUGUGGCCAAGACAAAUACAGAUUUUAGUUCACUUUUAGAGACUCAACAAUCCAAUGUCAUGAAAGAAAAUCAACGCACUGACCUGCAGACGACAGAUGUCCCUGUCAAAACCCACAUUACCAAUGCGUCAAAGAUUCCUUGUGGCGCCAUUCAAGAGUCCCAAGGCCCAGAUUUAGUUCAGCUGGGUAGACUCACCACAUGCUACAAUGAGAAUGGACCUCCAGUUAUAUCAACCAGUCAGAACGUCCUACAAAGAUCCCAACAGAGUAUAAGUGAGCCUAAACUUUCCGAAGUCUUGCCCACUGCUUUCUCUAACGUUUACUACCAUGGGCUUCCCAGCAAUCCCCAGACUUCUGCCUCGAAUGGAGUAAAAAGGGCCCUUCCUGUGAAUGCUAAAUCUCAGGAGGCAAUCUCUGGACAGAACACCAGUACCUUCCUGAUUUUUGGGAGUCAGACUACAGAAGACGCAAACGGCCUUCAGACCUUUCAAACAUUCAGAUGUGAUCCCCAGGUGAUGCAUGAAUAUGGUGCACGGGAGAAGUCCUGCAAGAAGAUUGAGACCCGCUGCAACUCCCUGGAUUCUGAGCCUCUCCAGCCCGUUGCGUCCGACACCACUGGGAUGUUAGAUUGGGGAUUCGAUGAGCAAGGUUGGCUGUUUAAACGCUCCGUGUCGGUGUCGACCCGACCUCUUCUCAAGCCAGUGAUGGGCAUGAACGGAGCUAAGGCUCGUAGUCAGAGCUUUGGUGCACGCUACAUGGACAGACCAAGCUUCAACAGAUCUGGAAAGGUCCGAACCCAGAUCAAAACCCAUUCAGGGAGCUCACUGAAUUCUCUUGGGGAUGUCCUUCCAGGUAGCAUGAGCUGCUCCAGUAGCUACCACUUUCCAAUGAAUAGAUCCCUUUUGAACAACUUUUUGAUUGAGGAAGGAUUGACGGGUCCCUCACAUCUGGGUUCCUCCAGUGAAAGACUCCAGAGUCUAAAGCUCCAGCGGGAGCAGGCUAGGCGCCUUCAGAUCGAGCAGCAGUUUUCAAGCGCCUUUGGAGAGCCAGUGUCCGAGGAACCCGAGAGACAAAGCACUAUAACCACCAUCGAGGAGAAAGUGAUGCUUGGAAUUGAGGAGAACUUGCACAAGUCACAGGAACAUGAGAAAACCAAUGAAGUAAAGCAAAAGUCUGGCUCAAGCAUCGCAAGUUGGUUUGGUUUUCGCAAGAGCAAGCUUCCUGCUCCAAGCAGCAAAAAGACGGAUCCACCAAAAGUGAAAGAAGAGAAGCGAGAACAAAAGAUUACGUCUCUGCUGGGAGGGAAGAGCACAAAGUCAGACAAGAAGAAAGACAGAAGGAAAAGUGAUGGAAAAGAGUGCUCGGUGGCAAUGAGAGAGUCCCAUGAUGCAGUGCGGGCUUGCAUCUCAAUGCCCUGCCCAGGGAUGACCCUCAGUGAGAUCCAAGGACAUGCCAACAUCACCGGGGACCCUCAGAUGAUGAACCGAAGACCUGAUGGUGAAAACGGAUCCAUCGUGAAGAGCCCCAGCCAGGAUGCAGUAAUAGGCUCGGGCUGCAAGAUGCGGACGUUGGACAGUGGAAUCGGGACUAUUCCCCUCCCAGAAUCCUGCUCCUUCUUCUCCUCCAUCCUCAACUUCCUACCCAAAUCCUCGUCAACCCCCGAGCAGUCCCUCAGCCCCCCCAGUGUUCCCGGUUCCUCCAGUGAAGACGUGUCCCCUUCUCCAUUACCCCGAUGGAGGGUUCCUUCCAGCUUCAAGGACAGCAGCCUCGCAGGAGUGCCGAGCUCGCUGUCCGACUCCUCCAUGAUCCAUAUCCCGUCAGUGCCUUUCCCCACUGUGGCCUUCCUCCAGCCCAUCCAGCCCUCGCCUCAACCCAUUAUCACCCCAGCCAGUGUGUGUGACACCCAGAGCAGGCUGCCCAGACCGCCCAGAGGUGGGACGGAACCAAAGAAGCUGACCCACAUCAAACCCAAAACACGAGCCACCACAAACCAACCGAAAGUCCAGACAAGACUUCAGCUUGCUAACUAGCAUGUCAACCUGAACUGGAAUCAUCUCCUCACCUCACGCAGACGAUCGCUGCAGGAACACUUUGAACACGGCGUGUCGGCGUAUCAGGAUGGCGCCCACAGAUCAGGACAAAGCGGACUUCCUCCAGCCGGCCUCAGUGAAACGCUGAGAUACAGAACCGCAUUUCAGAUCUGCUCAAAAAACCCACUGGCUGCCAUUCUGGAGGUCUGCGCCUUUUUGGAUUCGGCUGUGAAACUAGAACUCUGCUCCAAACGCCAUCUCGUUCACCCGCUCAUCGUAUUGUCUUUGUUAUAUUGAGGACGACGUAGCAGACAGAGGUAGCCAGGUGUUUUUGAACAGCUGUUCACCAGGUAUGACUGUAUAAUGUCACAUAAAUAACCGACAGCAGGAUCCACCGGGGGAACAAUCUAAAAUCUGGAGGGAAAUUAGCUGUUUUUGCUAAAAAAAACAAAAACAAAAAAGAACAAAAACAAGCUGCAACUCAUAUCGUCUGUCUUUAUAUCACUGAGAUUAAAUAUAAUCACAUUAAUCAGCUGUUAUCCAUUUUCUUUUUACUGAAUCCACUCACCACAAAGCUAACUGCAGGUAAAACAAUGUCACAUCCUUCAAAAUCCUCUGAAUAUUAGCAAUGAAAAGCUAAUUAAUAAACCAUGCAACUGAAGAUGCAGCCUGUGAAGUAGGAGCUCACAUCUCUGAUGUAUGUCACCUCAACUUAAAGUUUUACCUGUCCUAAAACCAGCGGUGAUCAGGCUAACCAUCGUUAGCAUGCAAGCUAAUAACAGCUUCUCAUAUUUUAGCCAUUUCAGCACCAAAGGAGCUGGUUUUCUAACAGAUCUUGUGUUUAUUUAUGUUUAUUGUGAUACAACUGCUUUCCUGCAGUUAUUAUUAUAAUGUUAAAAACAUUUCUUAUAACAUAUCAGAGCAAUAACCUGUUUAAAUCAUGCAAAAGUUGAUAAAGAGACAAACACAUUUUUUUAGAGCAAUUACUCUGUUAAUGCAUUUUCUGUCUCUAAAUUCUCAAAAUUUAAAUAAUUACUCCUAAUCAUUAGCAUUAAAAUGCUAAUGUUAGCGUCGGUUAAUCUUUUUUUCUGUGCUCCCCAUAUUUUCUCUUUCAUAUUUGAUUGCAGAUAAUUUUUUGUUGUAUUUGAAACUGCAGCAUGUUGUGACAGUGAAGCACAUUGAUCAGCGUCUUUUGCUGCUUUUGAAUAAGAUACAAAAUUUAGCUUUUGAGAUUAGCAUGCUAUCAAUAGCAUCAGCACAUAUUAAAAGCUAUCAUUUAUUUUGAUAAAAAAAAUAUAGAAGCAAAUGUUCACCCUAGUCAAAGAAUAAAAUGUAUAAAUUAUUUAUAAUGCAUAAAUUUAAAUUAAGCAACGUCACCUUAACAUUUUGCUGUUUACAAAAGAUUUAUAUUAGCAUAAAAAGUUACAGAAAGGUGACAGUAACUUUUUCUGCUGCUCUCAUCCAAAUUCAAACACCUGUUUCUUUAACUAAAAAGAGCUUAUGUAUAUUUUCAAAACAAGAAUUUUAAAAACAUGAAUUUAAUAUGAAUAUAUCUGCACAUCUUCACUCAUGCUUUGUGUAGUUAGUCAACCACAGGAAAUGGUAGCAGUUAAACAGUAAAACUGGAGCUUUUCACUGAAUCUCUUUAUUUAUUGUUCUGGGUUGUCUUAUUAAACUUCUACAGGUUAGUAGUUGAGACUUAAACAAAGCAUCCAGUUUAAGCACGGCACAUAUUAUAGAGGUUAAUGUUGCAUUAAUUAAUGCUACCUGGAAGAUUAUUGAAGCUGCUCUGUUGAGAAAUUAUCAGCUGUCAGUAUCCUACUGAUGUUACACCGUUCAGGUUUUUCCACAGUUUUGCUAACCUUCAAAUUUCUGCCAUCUUAAACAAAAUCAGCCUUAAGACUGUUGUUGUGUUUCACCCAAAUACUAUUUAACAAACCUCUAAACCAGUUACGGCUGUGUGGUCCCCCAACUGCAAUUCAAUAAUUAUUUGGCCCAAAAGCUCAGGUAGUUGAUACAGAUGGAUCCUUUUUACACUUUUCAGAGCAAAAUUAUUACAGACAAAGUAAAAUCUUAUUGCAAUUGAACAUGUUGGGUACAAAAAAAAGUAUUAAACUUUUAAUUACCACAUCUUUUGUAUCCUUUUUAAAUUCAUAGUGAAUAGAACCACAUCUGUCCAAUGACUUUUACUCAAAAAUAGGCUUUGGUUCACAAAGAUCUGCCUUUAACUCUUAUUAACAUUGUACAGCAACUGUUUUCAAAGAUAGACUGACCCAAAUCCUGUUCUUAAUGCAGAGAAUAGACAAAAAUUAGAUAAAAAAACUGAGAUGGUCAUCCAGUUAGCAAAAUAAUUUGUAAACUGGAUAACCAUGUUGUAAUAAGAUAAAUUUGCUUUAAAGUUACGUAUCAGCAGCGAUUUAUGCAUCCAUUUCAUUCAGAAAAUCUUUAUUCUUUAUGUAAAAUAUUGCAUCAUAUUUUGUAGAGCAGGAUAAAAAAGCUGUGUACAAUCUGGGGUAAUUACAUUUUUUACCUAAAAUGUAAGGGGGGGGGGUGGCCCGUGAGUGCUUUUGACUUAUACUUUUUUAUUUGUUGUCAAGAACUGAGGACACAAAACGGAUUUUUAUUCUUUUUAUUGUUCUAAAUCAACUUAUUAAAAUGUGACUGCAGCUACAACAAUACCAUAUCCUUCAAAAACAUUUGCAAUAUCACCAGUUCAAGAAUGUAAAAAAAAAAUCCUGCACAUAUUUAUUAUCCAUAAUACAAAUAUUUAUCACCCUCUGAUAGAAAAACCACCACCCAGGCUACCAGGCCACCAGGGGGGAACUAGAACCCUGGUACUUUGGUUUUACACCGGUUCCUUCAGGAAGUACCAGCCCGGUUCCUGGAAAAGGUUCCUGGUUCUAACACAGAACAGAGUUUCACAUAAACCGCCUUUACAUGUUAAAACUGGCAGAAGUCCACUUUAGAACCGGUUCUGCUACGAACAGCAGUUAUUCAAAGUUGAUCAGACACUCCAGAGGUAAGAUGCUGUCUCCUUACAUUGGCUGCACAGAACCCCUCUUCCAACCUUUAAAGCAGGUUUAAGGAUUUGCAGGCAGACCUUCAUAAUGGUGCCGGCUCGGUGUAGGACGACGGAGUCGUGCCCAUUUCCUCUUUCCGUCUGUGUCUCAACAUUUCUGUAAAUGUUUGUUCAAAGAUGUGAAUCUGGAACUAAGAGGAAGGUCUGAUCUGAAAUCAACUUUCUAAGACAUUUCUAAACGUUCUAACAUCAGGACUAAAAGGUUGGAUAUGAAUAUGUAGCUCCAUGACUGAGCUACCUGACAGAGGAAAUGUGAAUAUUUAGGUGUGUUUAAAGCUUUCUUUUGCCACAGUGUUUAGCUCUACUUGCAUGAAUUCACCUUUGUGUUUCUUCAAACCCCAGAACUACAACGUCCUGACAUCCAUCACUUGAAUCUUUCUGUUAAAUAUUCCAGAGACAUUUCAGAGAAUCUGUCACUGCUUUGUGCGUCGCGCUCCCAAACUGAAUCCGCUGGAGAAAUGCAUUUCCACCUUGUGUCCACAGUGAUGACAUCAGGAGGACGGGUUCUGCAUGAAACCUUUGCUAGGAAGUACAACGUGGCAGCAAAGUCUUACUUGCUCAGGGAAAAGAACCGUUUUCUGUCUCUGAUCGAUGCCGUGGAUGUGUUGGGCUGUAAACAUUUCAGUUCAGAUCCUCUAUCUUCCGUUUGAUGGUUGGACGCAGCGCUGCUUAUGUUCUCCUUUCUGGAAUAAUGACGUUUUGAUGUUUCUUCUGUCUGUUUUACUGCUGAUCAUGUGUAGAUACGGUACUCUCCAAACACCCUCACAGAAAACGAAUGCAACUGAAUCUACAUAUCAGAAUAUAGCCAUAUCCUGUUGGCCUGCAGUAGUGGACGUUUAAACACGCGCAGCACUGUAGCGUUGCACGCUUUCAUCUGAUUGUCGUACUGCUUUUACCUUUCAGCUCCAGUAGCUCACUUGCUGCAUGUUUAUACUGUUUGUUGAAGGUCAUUUUUCAAAAUAUCUGCAGCCUGCAGCUGUUUUUACUGCAGGAAAGGUUCUGAUCCGGUUCCCCAUUUCUUUGUGUUUUCAGUCCCAGCAGCCAGAGUUUAAAAGUGAUCUUGGUCAACGGUUCUUCAGGCUUUCUGAAGGAUUUUUAAGGGUUUUCGUGUAACUUUGGAUGCAUUUUUAUCUGUUUUCUGUAUAGGUCCAACAUAAAUCACUCGGACAUGAAAACCCGAGAGAUGAACCGGCGCUAUGCUGAAAAAUAAGAGACGAUUUAGCAAAGAACCGGAUUUGAAUCGGAUCUUUAGGAAACAAGUUGACUCCUGUUUCCUCUCACAGGCAAAUUAAUUAACAGGAACAUCUGUAGACAAAAUUAAAACAGCGGCCGCUAAUCACUUUUUCAAAUAAUUUAUUGAUUCAAUUUCUUUUUUUUUUACUUUCACAUUUUUUACACACAAAAAUUAAAGAUUUUCAGAAUUAAGUUCCAGAAUUGACAAACUACAUAAAAUAAAUAAAUAUUCACAGAUCCUGAAAUAAAAAAGGUUGAGUAUUCAAAAGUCAAAUAAGAUCAUGACAGCAACUCAAAGAGAAAACUAUUUUAAUGUAUUCAUAUAUUCAUAAACUUAUAAAUAACUUGUAAUUAUUAACUGCAUGAGUUUGUCUGGUUAAAAUUUGCUUUAUGUCUACGUUAACUUCACACAGGUGGGUGAGAUUAAAAAUGGGAUGCAGAGACUCUAAAAAACGGUGUGCACGUUAACAAACAGCAACAGUUUAUCAAACGUUCAUCUCAAUCUUAAACGUUAAAACAUCAGAAAACGGAGCAGAGAGUAAUAAUUGAAAUAAAAACUGCUAGAAAAGAUCUAAUUGAUGCUUCAGGCUUCUGUUUAGCUAACAGCUAAAGGCUUUCUGAUGAGCCGUUUCACUGCUAAAGCGGGGCGAUGCAGAGAUAAGGAGCUGAUUGGGCAUUUUAAACUCUUUGCUCUCAUUUACCGAGUGAAGUGAUUUCAGAAGCAGCUCGGUUCUGCCUCUCUGGCUCUAGGAAACCAAACAUAAGAUGAAGAGCAUUACAGACAAGCCUGAGCAUCCUCUUCAUCAGACGUACAGCAACAGAGUCUUCCUCAGAGCCGCUGUAACCCAGACCUCUGCAGGAGAUCCUUCCUGCCUGCAGCGUCUGCAGCAGCUCCUUUAAACCAGGAGGUUCAUUUCAGCCAGGAUUCAUUUUUAAUCUGCUUUAAUAGAACCUGCUGAUGUUUUGUUGGUUUAGGAGGAAAAUGCAUCAGAAUUAGUUUUCAUCAAAAACAGCAGCAGGGUUCAGAUGCUCCUCUAAAACUAACUCAUGUCCACUUCUGCACACGAUGAAUGGCCUCUGAGGGCCCGGCACGUCCUGCCAGGCGGCACCAAGGAGAUAAAGUCCUCUUGUCUGCAGAUCCGGUUUGCUGUCGGUUCUUUGCUAAUCUGCCCGUCAGGUGCAACGUGACUGAAAACGACUAAUAAAGCACUCAGAGAACGUCUGGGGAACCAAGAACAGCCAAUUCAGGAAAGCAAAGUGCAGUUUUAUUUGUGUUUGCUGGAAAAUGUAAAUUAACGGGGAUCGGAUCGGGACUUUUAAAAGUGAAAUAAGUGAAAUAUAGAACCUGUAGCGUACGUGUGAGAGGGGAGGAUCAGGGAGCAGGUCUGAUCCGGGCGGAUGGAGCGGGUCGUAUUUUUCUAACAUUUACUCUAACGUCUUUGUAACUCAGCACUGAUGAGUGUUUUGAACAUUUAUUGCACAAACUGUCUCUCUCUGUUGCAGUGCUUUUGUUUUUUUUUCUGAAUCCAAUAAUUGAUGUUCUCGUGUGACGGUCACCGUAGCAAACUCAGAGUCGUCUCUGACUGGUAAUCUCUGUAUAAUGUCCAAAAAUAAACUAUUUCAGUACUUCCA